AUGGGGCCGGGCCGGGGCCGGCUCUGCCCAGCGCAGCCUCAGCUGCAGCCGCCGGGGCCCGGCCUCACAAUGCGGCGGCGGCUGCCAGGCAACCGGGUCCGGGGCGAUGGGGCUCUGCGGCCGGGCUCCCGCCAGGGGGCGCUGCGCUGCGCUGCCUCGGGCGUUGGGGACCGGGCUUCCGCCAGGGGGCGCUGCGCUGCGCUGCCUCGGGCGCCGGGGACCGGGCUCCCGCCAGGGGGCGCUGCGCUGCGCUGCCUCGGGCGCCGGGGACCGGGCUCCCGCCAGGGGGCGCUGCGCUGCACUGCCUCAGGCGCCGGGGACCGGGCUUCCCGCCAGGGGGCGCUGCGCUGCGCUGUCUCGGGGACCAGCUGGGGCUCUGCGGCCCGGGCUCCCAGCCAGGGGGCGCUGCGCUGCGCUGCCUCGGGCGUUGGGGACCGGGCUCCCCGCCAGGGGGCGCUGCGCUGCGCUGCCUCGGGCGCCGGGGACCGGGCUCCCGCCAGGGGGCGCUGCGCUGCCUCGGGCGCCGGGGACCGGGCUCCCCGCCAGGGGGCGCUGCGCUGCGCUGCCCUGCCCUGCCUCAGGCGCUGGGGACCGGGCUCCCGCCAGGGGGCGCUGCGCUGCCUCAGGCGCCGGGGACCGGGCUCCCGCCAGGGGGCGCUGCGCUGCGCUGCCUCGGGCGCCGGGGACCGGGCUCCCGCCAGGGGGCGCUGCGCUGCGCUGCCUCGGGCGCCGGGGACCGGGCUCCCCGCCAGGGGGCGCUGCGCUGCGCUGCCUCGGGCGUUGGGGACCGGGCUCCCGCCAGGGGGCGCUGUGCUGCCCUGCCUCAGGCGCCGGGGACCGGGCUCCCGCCAGGGGGCACUGCGCUGCGCUGUCUCGGGGACCAGCUGGGGCUCUGCGGCCCGGGCUCCCAGCCAGGGGGCGCUGCGCUGCGCUGCCUCGGGCGCCGGGGACCGGGCUUCCGCCAGGGCGCGCUGUGCUGCCCUGCCUCAGGCGCCGGGGACCGGGCUCCCGCCAGGGGGCGCUGCGCUGCGCUGCCUCGGGCGCUGGGGACCGGGCUCCCGCCAGGGGGCGCUGCGCUGCGCUGCCUCGGGCGCCGGGGACCGGGCUCCCCGCCAGGGGGCGCUGUGCUGCCCUGCCUCAGGCGCCGGGGACCGGGCUCCCGCCAGGGGGCGCUGCGCUGCGCUGCCUCAGGCGCCGGGGACCGGGCUCCCGCCAGGGGGCGCUGCACUGCGCUGCCUCAGGCGCCGGGGACCGGGCUUCCGCCAGGGGGCGCUGCGCUGCGCUGUCUCAGGGGCCGGGGACCAGCUGGGGCUCUGCGGCCCGGGCUCCCGCCAGGGGGCGCUGCACUGCCCUGCUUCAGGCGCCAGGGACCGGGCUCCCCGCCAGGGGGCGCUGCGCUGCGCUGCCUCAGGUGCCGGGGACCAGCUGGGGCUGUGCGGCCUGGGCUCCCGCCAGGGGGCGCUGCAUUGCCCUGCUUCAGGUGCCGGGGACCGGGCUCCCGCCAGGGGGUGCUGCGCUGCGCUGUCUCAGGCGCCGGGGACCAGCUGGGGCUUUGCGGCCCGGGCUCCCGCCAGGGGGUGA